AAAAUCAAUUCUCGUUUCCUUUGCGAGUAUCCAGAGGGAGAGAUUCUCUCUUGCGUUCUCUCUCCCGCCCGCUCGGCCAAGGAGCAGACCUCUCUCUCUCGACCUCUCCUCUGGUAUUAUCUCUCUCUCUCUGCCUAAAGGUGAAUGAUCGGUGUGUGUAUCGCUACUCGACGCCUCUUUGUGUUCGUUUGAUCCGAUAAAUCCAGAUUCUGGAACGUGGUGAAGGAGGGAAGAUAAGAAACCAAGGUGCAAAAAUGGUGACUGCUUGCAGUGAACAUCACCAAGUCAAAGCUGCCGAAUCUGUGCCACCUCCUCCACCCGCUCCAUGGAAAAGCGGUGGCUACCAGAAAAGGUUCCGGGUGGAACCACCAAAUCAAUUAGGGCGUUGCUGUGUUUCAACAGCGACAAGAGCUAUGUGGGAUCGUCUUUUCAACGAGAGUUGUAAAGCCGAUGUCGUGAUUCAUACAGAUAAUGGUAGCAUCGUCUAUGCUCAUGCCGAUAUCAUUGGAACCGCCUCUCCUGUAAUUAAAGGCAUGUUGAAGCAAGCCAAAAGACAUGGCUAUUGGCAAUCAAUUGCAAUCCGUGGUGUCCCUCAAGAUGCUGUCCGGGCUUUUAUCCGCUUCCUCUACUCUUCCUGUUACGAGAAAGAAGACAUGAACGAGUUUGUGAUGCAUUUGUUAGUGAUGUCGCACGUGUAUGUCGUCCCUCAGCUGAAACAGCUGUGUGAAUGGCAUCUGGAACAAGGGUUGCUCACCACAGAGAAUGUAGUAGACGUGUUCCAGCUUUCACUGCUAUGUGACGUCCCCCGCCUCAGCGUCGUUUCUCACCGUAUGAUCUUGAAGAACUUCAAGAAAGUUUAUGCUUCAGAAGCAUGGAAGGCUAUGAAGAAAAGCCAUCCGUUUCUCGAGAAAGAACUCUCAGAUUCGAUGAUCCACGGGGAAAACAGAAGAAAGGAGGGGAUGAGGAAAGCGAAGGAGCAGAAGGUGUACGCCCAACUGUACGAGGCGAUGGAAGCGCUGGUGCAUAUAUGCAGGGAUGGGUGCAGGACGAUAGGGCCGCAGGGGAAGGACUUGAAAGAGAACGAGGCACCGUGCGGGUAUGAAGCUUGCAAGGGAUUGGAAACCCUAAUUCGGCAUUUCGCGGGGUGUAGCCUGAGAGUGCCCGGAGGCUGCGUCCAUUGCAAGAGGAUGUGGCAACUUCUCGAGCUUCAUUCCCGUCUAUGCGCCGAUUCCAAUCGAUGCUGUGUUCCUCUCUGCAGGAACUUCAAGGAGAGGAAAGAGAAGCAGAGCAAGAAAGAGGAGGGAAGGUGGAAACUGCUGGUUAAGAACGUGUUGGGAAGCAAGAGGUUCGGAUGUUCUCCUUUCUUUUUGUCGUUACCCUCAUCCUCCUCUCCAUGAUCAUCAACUCGCACAAAAAGAAAAAAUCACUCUGCAAUCGUUGUUCCACCCAAGAAUCGGCUGGUUUUUUUAAAGCUUUUCUUGUGAUCCCCCCGAAUGUAACCAUCGCUAAAUAAAUGGAACGACGAAUCUUUUGGCUCUUUUGAUUUUUUCCC